AUGAUAGUUGGUGGCAUCUGUUAUGAGGAUGUGGUCGAGGCUGUGAACUUAAGAUACAUAUAUGUGCAUGCAUUAGCACUCUUUACACUGCAGCUGGGGUGACAGAGAAUCUCAAAUUACCUUGAUGUUUAAGUGUCAUGGUGGGACAUUAACACGCACUACAGGGUGAGGUUUUUACCCAUUCGCCACUUUAGAAGCAAAAAGAAACUGGAGCUGAAAUGCAUCCUGCAAUUGUUUCUGGUAUUAUUAUUGGGGGCACCCCGCUCUGCUAUUGGCCAAUUUUUUCCCUUUCCCUAGUAACAGUCCCGGAGGUCUUUAUGAAUGUUAACUCAUCCCAGUUUCCCUCUUGUGUCUAAAUUGGGGAAUAUUUAAACUAGACCAUAAUGAUCUUAUACAGUGGAACCUCGAUUUAACGAACCUCUAAAUAACGAAGGCCUCAUUGUAAUGAGUAAUUUUCUUUACCCCAGUAAUAGUAAAAUAUGUGAAAAAGAACCUCGUUAUAACGAACAAAUUUUGUCAGUCCCUUGGUCCUCCGUUAAAUCAAGGUUCCACUGUAUCAUAGUAAGUCUGUGGGCUUGGUACCUUUUCUGGUGGGACAGCCAGUUCAUACAACUACCACUCUCUGAGGCAUCAGACCUAAGUCCAGCUAGUGUUUCUGUAAUGCUUAAGGUGUAGCAAUUAUACAUGUAAAACCAUGUUGUCCUUCAUUUUACCAUUUCAGUUUUUUUAUGUUUGUCUUGGUGUAAGCAAGGGUCCUUAUCUACACAGACGUACCAAAGCGAGAGUCCUACUAACAUUAAGUGGUCAACAAGAUUAAUUUUAUUUUUUAACAUUUUGUCUGUAAUUAUUCAUCAGCCCACAGUCCUGCAGAAAUACAGGAACAGCACUGACCCAGAAAGUAAGAAACAAGUCUAUUAAUUUAUAUAUUGUAUUUUAUUUGAUUCACCGGUGCCAGCUGUUGGCAGGGCAACUACAACAGUGCCAAUAACAGUCCCUUUCUCCCAUGAAAAGUGAAUUACACAGUCAAGGUCAACAUCCUCUACCUUUAUUCAUAAAGCAGUGCGAGUUUUUUUAAGUCUCACCUGAAUUGCACAAAGAGUGAAGGGAGGUCUCCAGUGCUAAUGGCUGAAUAUGUCACCACUAAAGGGCAGUAGAGACUCAGCUUGGUAGUCUGCCAGUGUUACCUAUUUCAGCCAUAAUUUUUAACUUUUACAAAAUGGCUCACAAUCUACAGACCAUUUUAUUGUUACUGUUAGUACCGUAAAAUAAAGCUCAGAUUAGUGCCUGGGGCCCUUAUUUAAUGUUCUGUGGCAAGAGGGGGUGCUAAUUCACGCUAAUUUUGUUAUCAAUUUUUGGUCUCAAAAUGACACUAUCUUUAUAUUUUCUAGUUAACCCAAACGGUAACAUACAAAAAUUCAAAAAACGUCAUAGAAAAUUACUUUUUGUGAAACUUGAAAUGUUCCCAAGAUGUUUUCGAGUUGCCUGUCAGAAAUUUAUUGUACCUCUUCAAAUUAUAGAACAGUUCUAACAAUGCGUUUGGCAUCAUGAAAUGUUUUGUAUGGAAAGGAAAGCCUGCGGUUAAUGUUCUGACUAUUAUGAAUGUCACACUCAUUUAAAGUACCGUAUACGUCUUGUAUAUCGUACCAAGUACAGGACCUCGUUUUUUCUGCAAGGGGGUAGGGGGGAUUAUUCCAAAUUUUGAGCCUUAGGAGGGGCGCUAAUUUGAAGUGGGGCAUUUAUUUGAAGCUGAGUGGUAAUUCGAGCAUUUAGGGACAAUAUAGUUGUAGACAUAGAUAAUUUGUAAAAACUACAUGUUUACAAUAAGUUUAUGAUAUAUUACUUUUCAGAAAGGAUAAAUGGAUAUGUAAGGUAGGUUUGAUAUUAUUGCAUUACUAGAAAAUUAUGACAUGUGUUACAUGCAAGUUUCAUCUGUAGUUCAGGGCUGUGCUCUGUCCGAGCCCUGUGGCCCCUGGUACCUGACUUUUGCUCUUGGGUGACUAGAAAAUCUUAUUUUUUUCAUACAAAUCCAAGGCUGUGUUCUAAGGGAAAUUAAAGGGAGCCCAGUGUUCUGAAACUGUGAAAUCUAGGGUGUCUAGAAAAUGAUUUGUAUGAAAAAGACUAAGAUUUUCUGGUCGCCCAAGAGCAAAAGUUAGGGGCCAGGGACCACUGGGCUGACUGCUAGAACACAGCCCUGGAUUUUACAGGUUCAGAGCACUGGGCUACCUUCAAUUUUCUCUUAGAGCGCAUUCUUAUAGUUCAGUAAUGGUAUAGAACAAACUAACUGUGCUCCAUCCAGGAUGACAUCUUAAUGACUUCACUAAUAAUUGUGUUUUAUAUGACCCUUUGAGACAUAUGUUCACUCGGGAUAUAUAAAUUUUUUCUUGAACUUUGCGAAACAAAUACAUUCAUAGAUAAAAUUACAGGUCUUUAUAGAAGAAUUCAGACGUCAAGUAAUGGCAAUAAUGACAAACAAUCUUUUAGCUGAUUGGCACCUGAGGCUCAAGUUUGUGGAUGACACUUUUGCCAUAGAAAUACUACCCAGAAAGUCCGCUUAAUUCCGCCGCAUCUGACAUUCACAAUUUUUCUAUGGAUCACAAGAUAAGACUAAAUCUUAUUAAAUAUAAUGUAAGGAGAUGUUAAUUAACUUUACUCUCAGAUCACAAAAUUACAUCUUAUACCUGAAAUUUGUAGACUUUUAACUGUGUUUUCACAAUUCUUGUGAACUUUGACAUUUAUUUUCUCGGACUCCCAUGAGAAAUUUUCUUUGGUGUUAUUUCAGAGAACUAAUUACAUCUUUAUUGGUAGAAAAAUGUAAAAAAAAAUGCAAUAUUCUUUAAAUUAUUCUGGUAUGUACAAGGUUUUUGUCCACUGAAAAUUAAAAUUACUCAGUUUCCUGGUGGAUUCUGUCUUAAUAAAUUACAUCCAAAAUCACUAACGAAUAUCUUUGUUGUGUGCUGUUGUAGCUUGGGUAUCAUCUAUUCAGUGUUCACUGUUGCUAACUGGCUUGCACCAUCUUUUGUUGGUUUAUUUGGACCAAGAGUAUCCAUGAUAGUUGGUGGCAUCUGUUAUGCGUAAGACAUUUUAAUUUAACUUCUGAAUUCUGUAAUAAUUUUUGAUAGGGUGAGUGGAUAAAAAUCCCUAUGAAGAGUCUUGUGAUCAAAAUGUUACAUUCUUCCUUUGGUUCAUUCAUGAAAACUAUUACUGAAAGUUUAAGAGUCUUAGAGUUACUGUAUUUACAAGUCAUAAGGGGCUUUUUCACUAGGCACCGAUUCCAUUAUAGUGUUACCUUUGGGAUAGCUAUUAAAUAAAUAUUAACUAUUAAUAUUAAUAAUUAAGGAAACAAUUUUUAAACUAUCUUAUUAUAUAAAAUAUGUUGUUUGGCAAAUAUCUAUUGUAUAGUUUAAAACAAAUCCUGUUAAAUUAAUGUAUUUAACUCUUUCACUGCUGAACUGUCCGUAACCACCUGUGUGGAUCAUUGUACCUUGCAUUGUAUCUGACAUUAGCAGUUCAAUAGUCAUGGGCCAGCGGAAAGAAAUCUUAGAAAGUUAAUUUCUGGGCAAAAUUUCUCAGAGCAAAUGGAAUAAUAAUGCAUAAAAGAGCUCUGAAAAAGUUAGUGAAUAAACAAAAUAAGUAAACAGCCGAAAAUACAUGUAAAUAUGGUAAACAAGUAGGAAGCGUCUUCAAGCUUUGGACAUUAAUUAUUUUUUCACAGUUGCAGUGCAAUUAUGAUUAGUAGUUAAUAAUUAUUUAUGAAGUUGUGAUUUUGAAACAAUCACUCAUGUUAAUGUAAUGUUAUUAUAUUUUUAUCCUAUACAGUUUGUUUAUUGCAAGCCUGAUUGAACCAAGGGCCUGGAGUUUGUAUCUUGGGUCCAUUAUUAUUGGAUAUGGAGCAAGUGGUAGGUCAAUUGAGUUAUAAACUAAGUAGAUUCAAGAAGAGAGGCCAGUGUAGUGAACCUGUAAAAUCUAGGAUGCCCAGUGUAUGACUUAUAUGAAAAAAGGAAGAUUUUACACUGGCCCGAGAGCAUAAGUUGGCCGCCAGGGGCCACCGUGCUUUUGCUAGAACACAGCCCUGCAGAAUAAAAAAUUAAUGUAGUGUGCGAUUUUAACGACUGUUUCACAAUCAAGUCACAAGUGGAAUGUUAUGAAACAUUAUUUUGUUAUUAUUUUAUUUUUAGUAAUAUGGACUGGUCAAGGAAAUUUUUUGACUAUAAAUUCAACUCCUGACACAAUUUCCAGAAACAGUGGAAUAUUUUGGGCACUGCUACAGUGCAGGUAUGUGUGGAGUUUCUUACAGUAGCUGGGCCAACUUGGAAAUGAGGACUAAACAAAGGAAGUUAUGAAUCAAUCUAAUUGUAGGUAAAAUCAAAAUUAACCUGAAAUCAAAUGUAAAUUGUAACGUAUAUACCAUAGUUAUGAUUAAUUUAGACUUUUAACAAAGCUUUAUGUUUUUGUUGUAGCUUGCUCUUUGGAAAUAUGUAUGUCUACUUUCAGUUUAAGGGUGAAGAAACAGCAAUAAGUAAGUAGGUGGAGUACUAAUAUUAUGAUUAUCAUUGAUCAUUCAAAAUAUUUUACUGUUUCUGAUUGGCACAAAGCCUCUGGCUAAUUCUUCAUAACCAACUGGCAUUGACCAAAUUUGGAACUUGCGAGUAAUAUACCUUUGAUUCAAUGGAAUACUGACUUGGAAAGGAGGUUGGUCAGAUUAUUGACUUUGAAAGGAGGUUGCUUGGGCAAUAGACCAGCGAUCAACUUUGUUUCCAGGUGCAGCAGCUUAACUGUUUAUUCGUGAGUGAGCUAAAGAAAAUGUUGUUCACGUGGCUAUCCAAAAACGAAAUACGUGUAGCUGAAUUUCUGACCGAAACUGAAUGGAAGGAAAGCAAGAAUAUGCAAAACAUAUCGCUCAGUAGAUGCUAUCCACUUUUUGAGGAGUAUCUGCAAAAAAAUACCUGUGUUUAUAAUUGUUUUGAAACUGUGCCGAAGGCCAAAGUUUAGAAGAAAGUCUACCAGAAGGUAAGCUUAUUAAGAACUUAAAAAUAUUUUGGAUGAAUAAUAAACAAUUGUUGAAUUCGGCUUUCGUAUGAUGUGAAGAAUUAUGCUGAUCUCGGAGGAUGUUAUCCACCUGGGCCUUCAGCCUUGGUGAAUAACAUCCCCUUCGAUCUGCAUAAUUCUUCACAUCCUACUCAGCCUCAUUCGAUAAUAAUUGCUUAAUGUAACAAGGUCUUUUAAUGGGCAACAGCAACAAGUGACAAAACUGGUGUCACUACACUAGUAAGUGAAUCAAUUUCAGUGCUGAACUAUGACAGCAACAAUGACUAUAUACACUGGAAUAACAGAAUGCAAUGGGAAAAAAAAUGCAACUACAACAGUGCCAAUAACAGUCCCUUUCUCCCAUGAAAAGUGAAUUACACAGUCAAGGUCAACAUCCUCUACCUUUAUUCAUAAAGCAGUGCGAGUUUUUUUAAGUCUCACCUGAAUUGCACAAAGAGUGAAGGGAGGUCUCCAGUGCUAAUGGCUGAAUAUGUCACCACUAAAGGGCAGUAGAGACUCAGCUUGGUAGUCUGCCAGUGUUACCUAUUUCAGCCAUAAUUUUUAACUUUUACAAAAUGGCUCACAAUCUACAGACCAUUUUAUUGUUACUGUUAGUACCGUAAAAUAAAGCUCAGAUUAGUGCCUGGGGCCCUUAUUUAAUGUUCUGUGGCAAGAGGGGGUGCUAAUUCACGCUAAUUUUGUUAUCAAUUUUUGGUCUCAAAAUGACACUAUCUUUAUAUUUUCUAGUUAACCCAAACGGUAACAUACAAAAAUUCAAAAAACGUCAUAGAAAAUUACUUUUUGUGAAACUUGAAAUGUUCCCAAGAUGUUUUCGAGUUGCCUGUCAGAAAUUUAUUGUACCUCUUCAAAUUAUAGAACAGUUCUAACAAUGCGUUUGGCAUCAUGAAAUGUUUUGUAUGGAAAGGAAAGCCUGCGGUUAAUGUUCUGACUAUUAUGAAUGUCACACUCAUUUAAAGUACCGUAUACGUCUUGUAUAUCGUACCAAGUACAGGACCUCGUUUUUUCUGCAAGGGGGUAGGGGGGAUUAUUCCAAAUUUUGAGCCUUAGGAGGGGCGCUAAUUUGAAGUGGGGCAUUUAUUUGAAGCUGAGUGGUAAUUCGAGCAUUUAGGGACAAUAUAGUUGUAGACAUAGAUAAUUUGUAAAAACUACAUGUUUACAAUAAGUUUAUGAUAUAUUACUUUUCAGAAAGGAUAAAUGGAUAUGUAAGGUAGGUUUGAUAUUAUUGCAUUACUAGAAAAUUAUGACAUGUGUUACAUGCAAGUUUCAUCUGUAGUUCAGGGCUGUGCUCUGUCCGAGCCCUGUGGCCCCUGGUACCUGACUUUUGCUCUUGGGUGACUAGAAAAUCUUAUUUUUUUCAUACAAAUCCAAGGCUGUGUUCUAAGGGAAAUUAAAGGGAGCCCAGUGUUCUGAAACUGUGAAAUCUAGGGUGUCUAGAAAAUGAUUUGUAUGAAAAAGACUAAGAUUUUCUGGUCGCCCAAGAGCAAAAGUUAGGGGCCAGGGACCACUGGGCUGACUGCUAGAACACAGCCCUGGAUUUUACAGGUUCAGAGCACUGGGCUACCUUCAAUUUUCUCUUAGAGCGCAUUCUUAUAGUUCAGUAAUGGUAUAGAACAAACUAACUGUGCUCCAUCCAGGAUGACAUCUUAAUGACUUCACUAAUAAUUGUGUUUUAUAUGACCCUUUGAGACAUAUGUUCACUCGGGAUAUAUAAAUUUUUUCUUGAACUUUGCGAAACAAAUACAUUCAUAGAUAAAAUUACAGGUCUUUAUAGAAGAAUUCAGACGUCAAGUAAUGGCAAUAAUGACAAACAAUCUUUUAGCUGAUUGGCACCUGAGGCUCAAGUUUGUGGAUGACACUUUUGCCAUAGAAAUACUACCCAGAAAGUCCGCUUAAUUCCGCCGCAUCUGACAUUCACAAUUUUUCUAUGGAUCACAAGAUAAGACUAAAUCUUAUUAAAUAUAAUGUAAGGAGAUGUUAAUUAACUUUACUCUCAGAUCACAAAAUUACAUCUUAUACCUGAAAUUUGUAGACUUUUAACUGUGUUUUCACAAUUCUUGUGAACUUUGACAUUUAUUUUCUCGGACUCCCAUGAGAAAUUUUCUUUGGUGUUAUUUCAGAGAACUAAUUACAUCUUUAUUGGUAGAAAAAUGUAAAAAAAAAUGCAAUAUUCUUUAAAUUAUUCUGGUAUGUACAAGGUUUUUGUCCACUGAAAAUUAAAAUUACUCAGUUUCCUGGUGGAUUCUGUCUUAAUAAAUUACAUCCAAAAUCACUAACGAAUAUCUUUGUUGUGUGCUGUUGUAGCUUGGGUAUCAUCUAUUCAGUGUUCACUGUUGCUAACUGGCUUGCACCAUCUUUUGUUGGUUUAUUUGGACCAAGAGUAUCCAUGAUAGUUGGUGGCAUCUGUUAUGCGUAAGACAUUUUAAUUUAACUUCUGAAUUCUGUAAUAAUUUUUGAUAGGGUGAGUGGAUAAAAAUCCCUAUGAAGAGUCUUGUGAUCAAAAUGUUACAUUCUUCCUUUGGUUCAUUCAUGAAAACUAUUACUGAAAGUUUAAGAGUCUUAGAGUUACUGUAUUUACAAGUCAUAAGGGGCUUUUUCACUAGGCACCGAUUCCAUUAUAGUGUUACCUUUGGGAUAGCUAUUAAAUAAAUAUUAACUAUUAAUAUUAAUAAUUAAGGAAACAAUUUUUAAACUAUCUUAUUAUAUAAAAUAUGUUGUUUGGCAAAUAUCUAUUGUAUAGUUUAAAACAAAUCCUGUUAAAUUAAUGUAUUUAACUCUUUCACUGCUGAACUGUCCGUAACCACCUGUGUGGAUCAUUGUACCUUGCAUUGUAUCUGACAUUAGCAGUUCAAUAGUCAUGGGCCAGCGGAAAGAAAUCUUAGAAAGUUAAUUUCUGGGCAAAAUUUCUCAGAGCAAAUGGAAUAAUAAUGCAUAAAAGAGCUCUGAAAAAGUUAGUGAAUAAACAAAAUAAGUAAACAGCCGAAAAUACAUGUAAAUAUGGUAAACAAGUAGGAAGCGUCUUCAAGCUUUGGACAUUAUUUAUUUUUUCACAGUUGCAGUGCAAUUAUGAUUAGUAGUUAAUAAUUAUUUAUGAAGUUGUGAUUUUGAAACAAUCACUCAUGUUAAUGUAAUGUUAUUAUAUUUUUAUCCUAUACAGUUUGUUUAUUGCAAGCCUCAUUGAACCAAGGGCCUGGAGUUUGUAUCUUGGGUCCAUUAUUAUUGGAUAUGGAGCAAGCAGUAGGUCAAUUGAGUUAUAAAUUAAGUAGAUUCAAGAAGAGAGGCCAGUGCAGUCAACCUGUAAAAUCUAGGAUGCCCAGUGUAUGACUUAUAUGAAAAAAGGAAGAUUUUACACUGGCCCGAGAGCAUAAGUUGGCCGCCAGGGGCCACCGUGCUUUUGCUAGAACACAGCCCUGCAGAAUAAAAAAUUAAUGUAGUGUGCGAUUUUAACGACUGUUUCACAAUCAAGUCACAAGUGGAAUGUUAUGAAACAUUAUUUUGUUAUUAUUUUAUUUUUAGUAAUAUGGACUGGUCAAGGAAAUUUUUUGACUAUAAAUUCAACUCCUGACACAAUUUCCAGAAACAGUGGAAUAUUUUGGGCACUGCUACAGUGCAGGUAUGUGUGGAGUUUCUUUCAGUAGCUGGGCCAACUUGGAAAUGAGGACUAAACAAAGGAAGUUAUGAAUCAAUCUAAUUGUAGGUAAAAUUAAAAUUAACCUGAAAUCAAAUGUAAAUUGUAACGUAUAUACCAGAGUUAUGAUUAAUUUAGACUUUUAACAAAGCUUUAUGUUUUUGUUGUAGCUUGCUCUUUGGAAAUAUGUAUGUCUACUUUCAGUUUAAGGGUGAAGAAACAGCAAUAAGUAAGUAGGUGGAGUACUAAUAUUAUGAUUAUCAUUGAUCAUUCAAAAUAUUUUACUGUUUCUGAUUGGCACAAAGCCUCUGGCUAAUUCUUCAUAACCAACUGGCAUUGACCAAAUUUGGAACUUGCGAGUAAUAUACCUUUGAUUCAAUGGAAUACUGACUUGGAAAGGAGGUUGGUCAGAUUAUUGACUUUGAAAGGAGGUUGCUUGGGCAAUAGACCAGCGAUCAACUUUGUUUCCAGGUGCAGCAGCUUAACUGUUUAUUCGUGAGUGAGCUAAAGAAAAUGUUGUUCACGUGGCUAUCCAAAAACGAAAUACGUGUAGCUGAAUUUCUGACCGAAACUGAAUGGAAGGAAAGCAAGAAUAUGCAAAACAUAUCGCUCAGUAGAUGCUAUCCACUUUUUGAGGAGUAUCUGCAAAAAAAUACCUGUGUUUAUAAUUAUUUUGAAACUGUGCCGAAGGCCAAAGUUUAGAAGAAAGUCUACCAGCAGGUAAGCUUAUUAAGAACUUAAAAAUAUUUUGGAUGAAUAAUAAACAAUUGUUGAAUUCGGCUUUCGUAUGAUGUGAAGAAUUAUGCUGAUCUCGGAGGAUGUUAUCCACCUGGGCCUUCAGCCUUGGUGAAUAACAUCCCCUUCGAUCUGCAUAAUUCUUCACAUCCUACUCAGCCUCAUUCGAUAAUAAUUGCUUAAUGUAACAAGGUCUUUUAAUGGGCAACAGCAACAAGUGACAAAACUGGUGUCACUACACUAGUAAGUGAAUCAAUUUCAGUGCUGAACUAUGACAGCAACAAUGACUAUAUACACUGGAAUAACAGAAUGCAAUGGGAAAAAAAAUAGCGGACAAAAAACAAGCAAAUCAUCCAGUUGGCCAUGGCAAUUAAGUAUUAGUAUGACACUUGCACUGUUGUGUUAACCUACAUGUUUAUCUAUUAAUUAAGGUAAAGAAAGUUGACCAUUUUGUCAUUUUUUACAAGGUGACAGUGUAAGAAGAACAGUAUAUACAGUAUUCACCACUGUUUGUGGCCUAGGAAUAUGCCUUUUAUUCCUCCUGCGCAAACCAAGAGAUGUGGUGAGUGUAACAUGCCUGCUGUGGUGACCUGUUUGAUUUAAUUAUCCAAAACCAGAGAUUACACCAUGCCAACAAGGAAUUGUAUUAUUUGGCUGGAAAAUUCAAAUUUAGACUUGUUUCACUAUGCAGGUACAAUGCACCUACCCAUAUCUAAUUUUUUCCAGGGUUUUUGGCAUUUUUGUGGAAACAUUUGCCUUGGGGGAAAAAAGAAUGAAAAAAGUGCUCUUUAUUUGAGGGUUAAUGUAUUUAGCAUGAGAGGAACAAUUGGGGACACUAUUUUUAUGUCUCCUACUGGAGACGGGGUCGCCAUUUUACUUGGUCACCCGAGCCACGUGAAGGUCUAGGCAUUUGCAGGACAAAGGCAGUACUUUCAUUUCUCAGUCAUUUUUAAGACCCUGAGUAUUGGUCUGGUCCUGGGAAUCAAACCCAUGACCUCCCGCUCUGUAGUCAAGUGUUCUACUGACUGAGCUAAUCCUGCUGCGGUUAAAGGCAUAGCAUUUGUACAAGCUCCGCAAUAUAAAGGAGGAACAGAAGUAAAAGAAAAAAAUUGAAUAGUCCUUUGUGAGUACAGUAUACCCACAGAACUUGGCAAGUGAGCAUUGCUGGGUUAACAUGUAGACUAAGAUUACGUGCUUACUUUUAACUUGUUUUCACAGAUACCAGUAAGCAGGGAUGAACAAGACAGGGAACUGAGUCAAAAUAUCAGGUAAAUACAUACGUAAUUGGAAAUUAAUGUUCCUCUUGUGGUGACUACAGGCUUUACCUGUUAAUUAUCAUAGACUGCACAUUUUGCACAGAUAAUUUUGUUUUCCUGCCUAUAGGGAUGAACAAGACAUGAACUUGAUCAGUCAAAAUAUCAGGUGAACAAUUGUUUACGAAUUGUUCAGCCAUAGAACUUCUGUACAUGCCAGCUUUUAUCACAGUGUUGGUUGACCCGAUGCAGGUCAGGCAGCCAUUCUUUGGGGGAUUGAUUUAAACUUGACACUAGCGUAUGACAAGAAAAAUAACUGUCCAUAUCUGUUUGGUUUAAGUGCAAGACACUUUAUACCAUUUUAACACCACAAACGACUUCUGUGGUAAUUGAUUGUUUGCAACGCUCAGCUUCUUUUGUGAACACAAUAAUCUAGAAACUAUGCUUCAAUGUCAUGCACAAUAUGUUGCCCUUUGAUCUCUAGAAUCUUCUCUACUUAAAAGUAGCCAUACUUUACACUUUAUGGUAGCUGGUAUUAGCUAAAUGCCAAAAGGACAAUUAUAAUAUCUUGAUAAACACGUAUACAUGUAUGUGUAUAUUAUGUGCCAUUUAUAUGUCAAAUAUUUUUCUUUAAAAAAGCACAGACUGAAGAUAUGUGAUAUUCAAGGACAAAAUGUUAAAGCUCCAUCCCUGGCAUGGACACUGUCUCCCAUGCAGGGAACUCACAGUAAUGAUAAAUGUCCAACAAAUGCCAAUGUUGCUUUUUAUUGAGUGAGCAAUAAACUGCCACCAGACAAAUAACAAGCUAUUUACCGGUAGACUGAAAACGUAAAUUUGUAGUCUUUGAUACAUGUAUUACAGUGCAACUGUGUUGGUAUUUACGGUAACGCAGCUAUAUUAUGUAACUGUUAUUUACUUGUUUGUUUGAUUUUAUUCACAUCAGAAGGCCAAACAGUGUUAACUCCGCAAGAAGAACAGCCUUAGAAUCAUUAAGUAAGUGAUUCAUUUCUCCAGGGACACAGAAAUUGGCACAUAAUAAUUUGUACUCUAGUACUACAGGCAAAGGAAUCAUAAUGAUUGGCAGUUUCAAAUAAUUUUUACUUAAUAAACUUGUAUGAUUUUUUUUUUUCUACAGAAAUUGCAGUCAAGUUAUUUUUCACAAAGGAAAUGUUGUUGCUUAGCUUGUGUUUUGCAUAUACAGGUAUGUACAUUCAAUUAUUUGAAUAAUCUCAGUGAUCUGACUCAAGCACUCAGAUGUUGGUGCAUUAUCAUCAUUGUUCAGUUGCUGCACAGGCAGUCCCAGUCUUGAGCAAGCUCUGCAAUUUGUUUGGGUUGAAGGAUGUUAUGUAAAAAUCCUUCAUGAUCAGCAGUUGUUAGAUGUAUUAUUUAAGGAUAGACAUUGCUUUGUUGAUGGCCUUUGGUCUUUAUUGGCCAUGAGUUCUUCAAUGUUAUUUUUUAUGCAUAUAGAGCAUAGAAUAAUAAUAGUAAUUAUUAUAUAGCACUAUUUACAUGAAAAUAAGCAAUAGCACUUUACAAUAAUUCCUUUAGUGAAAAAUCUUAUCUAAAAUGAUAAAAAUAUACAAAGUAAAAUGUAAAAUACAAUUGAAUAAAAAAAUAAUUAAUUAAUUAUUUAAUAAAAAAUAAAAUUAGUCUAACCUGCCCGAAAAAGGUGAGUCUUUGCAUUUAAAAAAUAUUUAAUGACUGAAUAUUGUACAAUUCGGCGGGCAAACUAUUCCACAGACAUGGUGCUGCAGCAGCAGCAUGAAAGGAUCUGGCACUGAGCAUAGAAAGCAUUUUCUCUUAGGGCAGCUCCAGUAAAAGACUUUUGUUUGAUCUAAGAUUGUAAGAGGACUUCGGCCUGACACUAACUAAAUCACUAAUAUAACUAAUAUUAACUAAUAACUAAUAUUAUUAUGGGUGAAUGAUACAUGUGGGUAAGCAUUAUUUUCUUCUGCUGUUUUAAAGUUAGGGUGUUGGCCAGUUGUGCAACUGGUGAACCUUAUUUGAAAUUCUCCUUAACUCAACCACUUGUCUUUCCGUUUGGUGUGAUGGGCUAAAUACAACCUGUAAUCUGUAAUUGUAUUUUUUGUACUUAAUUGUAUUUUUUGUACUAUAGGUUUUGAACUAACCUUUUUCAGUGGUGUGUAUGGCACAUGUGUAGGUAAGUUAUAAAAGUUUACAUCCCACUAGUGAGGGGUUUUGCUCACUUUACUGUCAGAUGUUGUAACUUUUUUAUUGCACUUUUAUCUCACUGCAAGAAAACUGGAAAUGAAAUAGGUACAUCGCGAUCUUAGCAGUGUUGCUCUAACCAGGCCGCAGUCUUGUUGGGGUUCUGCUUAAAAGUGUAUACAGGGCAGUAAAGCCAAGUGGAUGCAUCCCCAAGUGAUGGUGCCUGAUAGGCUUGGAAGUUUUUUGUAGCGGACAAGCAAGGAAACAUUUUGGGAUAACUAAAAACAGUUCAUACACAUAAAGUUAUGUUGUUUUUAAUAAGCAACAUUGACCUUUGAUGGUCGUGCAUAAUGUGGUGUAGAGGCAUGUGACUACUUUCUUCAAUCACAAAACAUUUUUCAACCUUGAGUAGUAACCUCAGACCAUUAUUUUGGAGUAUAGGGCCGUGACAUGGUUGUCGUGGUAAACCACCACCUAUUUGUCCCCCUUUUUUCUCUUUUUGCCCUUAUUUUUUCAGAAGAACGGUCCAUGGGGCUACCCAAAUAAAAUUCUUUGUGUAAAGAACACUGCAGCACAAUGUUGGGAAUUGGCUGAGAUUUUAUAAUCAACCAUCAGAAAUAAUCGAGUUGACCCAGCUGAUCGCUCAUCAAGUAUAAUCAGAAAGUCUGAUAUCCUUAUUGGAAUUCCUUUUUUUUUUUUUCACCUCUGUGCAAUUCAAAGUAAUACAUAUAAACUUCAGAUGUUUGGACUCAAUGCUACUUUCAAAUUACAUGUAAAAACAGACCUCAUUGUGCCAUGAUUUAGAACACAACAAAAAGAUGCAAAAUGCAUCAGAAAACGAUCAUCAGUGGAUUAUAGCUGCAUUAUGAGUUUUUUUUUAAAGAAAACAUGAAGUUUUGAUAUUCACAGUCAUUGACAUUUGUAUUGUGUUAUCUAAUUUAGGCAACACACUUCUCUUUCACAAUUCCAAGCGUCAGAUUGGACUUGUAGGAAUGCUUAUUGGUUGUGGUGAGAUAACUGGUUAGUGAAAGGAGUAUGUAGUUUAUUGAUUCCAUUUUCUGAUUGUUACCAUUACAUUACAACGAACUUUCCCCUCUAUAACUUCCCUUCCACAACAAUGGAUAACGUCAGUGUUGCAUCCUGCCUCAUUGAGAAAACAUUGAACAUUUGGGUUUCCUUUUAUGAUCCUAAUGUACAUAACCUUAGGACAUGCAAAACUCCGUUCAGUUUCUAGGCUCAGGGUGGCACCUGAGAAUUCAAAGGAUAAUUUUUGAAACUGAAAAUAAAUGUAAAAAGCACGAUUAUAAUAAUUAUCUGUUUCCCACUACAACACCCCUACUUUAAAGCUCUGUGAACUAGAUAAUACAUCUCGGAGCUGGAAAAGCAGGACAUUAACAACGAUGUAAGUUGCUGUCUUGAAGACUUGAAGCCUGAAUAGGAAACCAGAAAUAAGAGAAAAAAACCCAUCGAACUGUAACAAGCUACAUGUCUCUAAAUUCCGUCCACAUGACAAAAGACAAAAUACUGUGGAAGGACCAAAUUCUAAAUUCUACUGUAUUUUUUCAGUAAUCAUGCAGCAUAACCAAUGGAGUCAAAUAGUGAUUGUUUUUGGGUAGAACUGCUUAAUUAUUAGAAAUAUUAUGACAGCUAGGAUGAUUGAUUUUUCUUGCCACAUUUUCUUAACAGGAGGGUUAGUGUUUGGCAUAUUUGGCAAGAGAAGUAAUAAGUUUGGUAGAGAGCCUAUUGUACUUUUUGGGAUGAUUGUUCACUGGAUCUGCUUCGUCUUGAUCUUUCUUAAUCUUCCUGACAUAUCUCCCAUACAAGCAGUUACAACUGCAGAUGAUUACAAUGUAUUUUCUAAACCCAGGUAAGAAAAGUACUUUGGCAUUAACAUGUUUAUUUUCAUGCCAUUUUGAGGAUGGGAUUUACCGGUAUUUGAAGGCCGCACGUAUGAAUUAAGAAACCUCUUAUUUGCUUUCCUGCGAGCAGAGGUUUCUUUUGAACUUGGUUUCCGCAAUUGCAAAAUCGUUCACAUCAUUUGGAUUCGCGUAGAAGGCUCUUUUACUUCUCCUAGAAGGGACGAGGAAUUAGCGGGGGAGGCAAGCCAACUACACCAUGCCAGUGACAGCAAUGCAAACGACUUUGUAAGAGCUGAAAACCAUGCCGGCAACAAACCUUACUGGACAGGGUACUGAUUUGCCAGUGACAAUGAAAGCACUCUAUGUUGUUUCAGUCUUUUUCUUUGUUUUAUUAAAAAAUGAUAAUGUCAGUGAUACAUGUUUAAGUAAGAGAAGUUACUUUAAAAAUGAAGUUCUACGUCGUUGUUUUGAUCAAAGCAAAUGCCAACAGCUCCCCAAUUAAAAUAUCAGCUGUAUUAUUUGCACUGCAAUUGUUGAAAAUGUUAGUGUAAGCCUUUUUUCCGUGCUAACAACUCUGAUUUUAUAUAAUUGCAGUUUACCGGUGGCAAUUCUUUGUGGUUUCCUGUUAGGACUUGGUGAUAGCAGUUUUAAUACACAGGUAUUGCGAUAAUAACAAUUAAUUUUCAGAGAUUGUUCCCUUCAUAGACCCCUAAGCAGUACUUACCAAACCCUUCCACAAUUUUUCAACUUUUUACAUGGGCCAGUUAGAGAAAAUCUGUCGACGCCAGCGGAAAGAGCGCCUUAGAAUUAGUAAAAUUACCACAUUUGAAAGUGGUAUCUUAAGCGAGGGAAGAUAUAGGUCCGCAAAGUUGUGGAAAUUUACAGACGUUUGUUUUUAUUUUAUUUUAUUAGAUUCGCCAAUUAUUGGUAGGGUCACGGCAACAGCAUGACGCCAAUUACUGCGGGCCCGUAACAGUCCCUCCCCCCAUGAGAGAUAGACCACCACACCGGGGACUACGUCCCCUACUCUUUACGAACAGUGGGUGGGUUCUUUAACGUCCCACAGAAUUUAUAUAUGCAAGGGUUGUGAGACGGGGCCUACGGUUUAUCGUCCUUAUCCGAGAAGACUAGAAAGUCUAAACGUUUGUAGAUGUCUUUACAAAGGCAGCACUUUCUCCUUACUUAUUUAAAGACCCUGAGUGUUGGUUCGGCCGGGACUUGAACCAGCGGCCUCCCGCUCGGCAAAGCGGCGUUUAUCCAACGGAGCUAACCGGGCGGCGGUUGUAUGGUGGAGUGGGGCAAGUUUGUGCCCCCCAUCAUACAAACGUCUGUAAAAUUUCGCGACUUUGAGGAGCUAUGUCUUGGUUAGUUUUCAACAAAUCACUUUCAAACCUGGCAAUUUUUACUUAUUUUAGAGCGCUCUUUCCACCGGUGCCGACGGAUUUUCCCAAAGUUGCCCACGUUAAAAGUUGAAAAAAGCCUUGUUAUUUCGUGAAUAAAAGCCUGGGAAAAAGAUAUUCCAUCAUAAACAACUACCACAAUAUCUAAUAUAGAACAAUGUUUUGAACUAUUAGCAUCAUACUUUCUGAGAUAGAUCUUGGGGAAGGAAAGCAGCAAAGUAUUAACUUUUUGUGAGAGUAAAAAGUUAUUAACUUAUUCGUAUGUGUAAUCAAAUGGUGACGAGUGAAAUUAGGGAAUAAUUUUACGCGCGUUUUGUCCAAAUCCUUAUAAUUUCUCGAGCCUUUAGGCGAGGGAAAUUAUUAGGAUUUGGACAAAACGCAAGUGAAAUUAUUCCCUAAUUUCACGAGUAUACCAUUUGAUUACCUAUUAAUAUCAUGGGUGACGAAUUACGUUAGCUAUAUUGGUUUUUUGACAUGUUUAUCCUGGGUCGUAUCGAUCGAGAACUCCUACACUUUCUCGAACGUUUAGAGCUUAAACAUAGAAUUAGAAUCCUUCUUGAUGUGCUCUUUCGUGUGUUCAGGUUUUCUAAAGCGUCUUUUUGUGUCCUGACAUCUUCAUUCACGACAUUUUAAAACUUCGUCGCCAUCUUGACACUGAGACGUACGUUAGGUUGCUAUGGCAAUUUAGUAAUUUCACAUGUGAAAUUACAAAUUAACGCUGAAAUUUCGCGCCAUANGAUGUGCUCUUUCGUGUGUUCAGGUUUUCUAAAGCGUCUUUUUGUGCCCUGACAUCUUCAUUCACGACAUUUUAAAACUUCGUCGCCAUCUUGACACUGAGACGUACGUUAGGUUGCUAUGGCAAUUUAGUAAUUUCACAUGUGAAAUUACAAAUUAACGCUGAAAUUUCGCGCCAUAAUUAGGGAGUAAUUCGUCACCUAUGAUAUUAAAACUGGAACUGCCGUAAUCACUCAUGAUUGAUAUCCCUUGCACUGCUUGUGAUUAUCAUCAGUUUCAACGGUCAUAGACAACUCAGUGUGGAAUAAAAGCAACGCAAAAUACGAUAAAAUUAGUAUAGGUAAUAGCAUGAUGAGUAGUGGUAUUUAUGCCAAAUAUCACGUACAAAGUAUGCUAUUAUUUGUUUAUACUACUAUCCGCAAAAGGUUUGUAAUUUUCACAUGUAGAUAUUUCAAAUUAAGCUGAAAUACCACUGCUCUAAGCCAAUUUCUCAUGUAGUGGUAUAAACCCGAGAAUUCUAAUGAAACUCUUGUUGCACUACCCACCUGCACUUUCUUUGGUUUUGCCAACACCUUUCCUCUUGCUGAAGUGAAGCUUAACCCUUUAAACCCUAAGAUGCAAAAUUUGAAUUCUCAUUUGUUGCCCCUAUUCAUUUCCUACAGAAGUAGUGGGGAGAAGUUGUUAAAAUAUCAAACAAAUUCAUCUUGUGUGAUAAUGUCCGUAAUUCUCAUGACCACUCUGUUUUACAAAGCAUUGAUAUUACAAGGAGAAGUGUGAUACUGAUCACUCUUAGGGCUUAAAGGGUUGAAAAAAAUGCCUAGCAAAAGACAAAGCGGGGCUAAAAGAGUGAAAGAAGCACAGAGAACAGAAAGCGGAGGGUAAAAGGUUAGGGGAAGUGCCAAUAUUCAUCUCAAUUUUGCUUUCUGUGCAUACCCGAACUUUUCAAGGAGAUACAGUAUCAGGAACAGAAGGCAGCAUAAUGGAGAUCUUAAAACUAAAAAACAGUAUUUUUGGAAGUUUCUGUUUUUUUUUUGACCAGAUAAAGACACGAAACAGCUGUAAAAGCUAGUUUCAAAGGCGUUUUGUCAAAAUAUUAUUUUUAUGAGCAAAUGGAUGAAGAUUUAUAGGGGGUUAUAGUCGAAUAAUAAUUAUGUUGUAGUUCAAUUUUAUCCGUACUCUGAAUAAUUAUAUUUUUCUUCGUUCAAAGUCAUCAUUUCACGUGUUAAGUUACCUAACGCCGUAGGAAAUUAAAUUAGUAAUAGCCAAGGCUAAAGCUAAACCACAACACAUGCAACUCUAAUUCUACUGUUCAAUUUAAAACUAAGUUAAACCGUCAUAUUUUAUUUCUGAGAUCAUAAUUUUUUUUUUCAGAUUUGAAAAACGUUUUUUUGUGCCUUAUGUUCUCGUUUUUGUCAGAUUUACUCCAUUUUAGGGUCUCUCUAUGAAGACGAUAGUGCACCGGCAUUUGCUUUGUUUAAAUUUGUUCAGGUUUGUUAAACUAGUUAACUUAUAUGUCACCAAUCUGUUGCAAAGUUCAUUUCAGAAAAAUGUUUUCUUGGUCAGAUUUAUCAGGCUUUUAAAAUAUUCUACUAGUUGAUCAGGGUCUAAAAGUGAAAAUCAUUGGGUGGUGCAAUAUGUUUAUGCUUUGAGACUGUACCACAAAAUUAAAAGGUCAAGUCCACAAAAUAUCACACCUUUAUUGAGAUUCCACAUCAUAAAAGCAUAGGACUGUUGCUACAAAACCCUAGUUUGGAUGCUAGUGCAGCAAUCAGAGGGUUCUCCACCAAUGUUGCAUUAUUUAUUUAUUUGGUAAAUGCAAAAUUGUUUAAAAGUUGAACAAGGAAAUGAUACAGUGGCACGGUAUCUACUUUUCAAACUCAGACAUCGGGUUUGAAGUACAAGUUGUGUAUAUUAUACUACUGUUAAUACUCUGUUUUUUUUUUGCAGUCCCUUACAGCAGCAAUUGGAUUCUUCUACAGUCUAGAACUUCAUCUUAAGUGGCAGCUUCUUAUUCUGGUGAGCAUUGAAACGUUAAAGAAGGGUGAUCCAAGAUUUUCAGAAAGUUUAGGGAAAGAAAAUCAAACGAUCAAUUUUGGAAUUUGAAACCCUUCAAGCCCCAUUCUACACUUCUGUUGACUUAAAAGGGCAGUUCAUAUGAAGUAAUUUAUUAGAGUUUUUAGGUACGGUUUAAGGUAGCUGUGACGUGUGUAGGCAUGGCACUGUCUGUUAUCCAAUCAUGUUUUGGCUUAAUUGACCACUCCAGAAAAGACCAUAACAUACCAUAAUGCUCUUUGUUUGUCACGCCAGAAUUUUGCAUAAGCAUUGUCUUCAGUUUCUCUUGGGAGUUAAAAAUGACCCCAAGAGAAACUGAAAACAAUGCUUAUGCAAAAUUUUGGGGUGACAAACAAAGAGCAUUAUGGUAUGUUAAGGUAUUUCUGGAGUGGCCAAUUAAAGGAGAGCGACAAAACCUGUCAUUGUCAGACUUGUAGUGCUGUCAAGGAAAUGAUGCUUUAACGUUUCUCAUCCACCCUUUCCCUCCAUGCCCUUCCUCUUCAAUCCAAGGUAAGGGUGGAUUUCCUUAUGUAAAUGGGGUCUGUACACACCAGUGUCUUUUCCACAAAUGAAUUCUGAUCCUGUUUGCCUUUUUUAACAGAUAAUUUCUUCAUUUAGUGGAACACUUGGUUUCUUUUUGGUGGAAUGGAAAGCAAGGAGAAUGGCUAAUGCAGGAUAUGGUCCCCUUAAUUAA